AUGGAGGUCACCCUAACAUUCAACUUUUAUCCUGAGGUUCUUCAGUUUCAUUUGUUAAUCCUGUUCAUACUGUGCUCAUCAGGACUCAAGGUUGACUCAACUGCUUGUGAAUCAUCAGGACGAGUUACCAACCUUAAGUUCCAGUUGUCAUCGUUGGGGAGAGAGAAUGUUGAACUUAGGAGGCAGAUUAAUGAGCUGUCCAUGAAACUUCAAAUAGCUGGACAAGGAAAAGAUGAGACUUUGUACAAGCCUGGUCCGUUUGGAACUAUCAAGGCUUUGAGAACAAAUCCAACAGUAACCCCCGAUGAAUCUGUUAAUCCGAGGUUAGCCAAGAUAUUGGAAGAGGUUGCUGUGAAAAAGGAACUCAUUGUUGCAUUGGCAAACACCAACGUGAGGGAGAUGCUUGAAGUUUGGUUUACCAAUAUCAAACGAGUUGGUAUUCCAAACUACCUGGUUGUGGCAUUGGAUGAUAAUAUAGAAAGCUUAUGCAAAUCUAAAGGGGUUCCAGUCUACCGGCUUGAUCCUGAUGAAGGCAUCGAUAACGUUGCAAAAACUGGUGGAAACCAUGCCGUCUCUGGACUUAAGUUUCAUGUUUUAAGGGAGUUCUUGCAACUUGGAUAUACAAAGUCCUUCAAGACAGUGAGGAAAGACGCUCAGCUCAAGAAGCUAAAGCCAGUGAUUGUGCAUUUGAACUACCAUCCUGACAAGUUAGCGCGAAUGAAAGCGGUCAUCGAGUUCUAUGUCAAUGGCAAACAAGAUGCACUGCGUCAUUUCCCUGAUGGGUCAGAAUGA